AUGUUGUCUCUAAUUUUCUACCUCUUCUUCUUUACUUCGGACGUGGACGCAAGCGGCACGGAUGUCACAAACAAUUUAUUCUCUGAUAUAGGUCCGCUGUUGGCAUUGUUCGGCGAGAAUUUCGCCCGACAAUUUCUUAGGGAGUCAUUUACAUGGCUCGACCAUGUUGUUUUCGCCAUGGCACCUUUGGGUAUCAUUACAGCGAUCGUGGGUGCAAUUCGGGUUGGUGGCCCUCCGUGGCUAAAAGCUGUUAUUGGUCGGGCGAGAGAGAAUCGUUCUCUGGCGGAGCUGGAAUUUAUGUCUUCGACAUCGCAUGAGGUUUGCGAACUUUGGAACGGUGAAGGGAUUGUCCGAACGACAGGCAAAGGAAUUGUCAAACAGAUUGUCUAUCUAGAGGGUUACGGGGAUGCAGAAAAGGAGUGUUUCCUGUUUACUCUGACUCAAGCAAAAGAAAAAUAUCACAUGGAGAAGCGGGUAUAUCGGGGUCCGCUAAUCAAGCAUCUUUGUCAUCGCAAAAAGCCUCCGUCCUUUCAUGUCGACCGGCCAGAUAGAGCCCCCAAUAUAUCUCUAAACCUUCAUUCGCACCAAGCAACAUGGGAGUUGGUGGCUACUGCUGCCGCUGGUAUUCUACUUCAGUCAGGGGUCUUGGUUUUUUCAGGGUUUGUUGCUUACAACUCUCGAUUCGGCCAACGUGUCGGCGGUCCACCAAGUUCUUAUGCGUAUCCAGUUUUAUUGGCUGGGACCAUCACACUCGCAUUUGGAAUGUGGCUCUCCGCUUUAGUCAUUGGGAAUAGCACAGAAGAGUUUGAGUGGGAAAUCAAGCCAAAGUCUUCCACUGAUGACGAUCUCGACAAACACAAAAGGGGUACCUCGACACCUGAUUCUGGAAGUGUGGUUGAAACUAGCCUUCGGGUAUUUUGGCUUCAGAAAGGGAUCUUUGUCAGCGACCAAAGCUUUGAUUCUUUCAUGCUCAUGGCGAAAGGGAAGAAGAAGACCGUCCUCACAUCCUGUCGCAAUAAUGAUCCGCUUUCUCACGAUGACGCUCAAGAAACGGGAAAAGUAGAAGGAUCAACAGAUGUCUCUACAUCGCUCAACAUCCUCUGCAUAAUCAGUACUUUCGCAUCAAUAACUGGAUUUAUCCUCCAAUUUGAAGGAUUUCGUGGAAUCAGCUGGGCAUGUUCUAUCGCCCAACUUGUUGCUAUCAUCAUCAUGACCAUCUUGAGAGCUAUAAUACGUCGAGGCAUGUUGGAUAGUCCAGCGACGGAGAAAAUCACUCCGGAUUAUGAGAUUGACUGGCUUUCUCACAGACUCGGAUUCGAUCGUGAAUACCUAAAUUCACUUAGUGGUCCAACAAAGCAAUCCUGUUUCAACUGUGGUCUAGGAAUGUGCGGUCUAUUUCACAAAAGUACGCAAUCUGUAAAUCGCGGCGGGUCUUCAGCGAAUUCGGUGACUUCUUGCUGGAAAGUUUCUUACAAACUGAACUAUCCUACAAAUUCCAAAUUCGAGCUGGUGAAACCAGAAGAGGGGAGAAGGGCUUCGAGUGUAACGGUAGGGGAACCGGGACGACCAGGAUUUGCUCCAUCUAAUUCUCCCUUCAUAAAGCAAGAUCAAUCAAACACUAAAGAAAAAUACCGUAAUAUAAAGACGCAAGAGGAAAUGACUCAACAAGUACAUGCGAUAAUCAAUAUCCGAAAACGGCUAGCAAAUCUCACCGAGUGGAAAGCCCCUUCCUCCGAACAUGCUGCUCGCAUUGCAAAGGCGAUUGGCAAAAUCAUGGAAUUGUUUGAUUUCGAGACAGUGAACAAAUUUGCUUGGUCGAUAGACGUUCAAAUUAACACAUAUGAGAAUACCCCGCGGCAGAUCGGAAACUUCAGACUUGUUGCGAGUAAGGUGACAUCCAGCGCGUCGUCAUGGACGACUUCCGAAGAAGACUUGGAAGCGAUAUUAUCCCUAUGGAUGUAUCAUCUCAAAAACCAGAAUCACGAAAAUACACGAUUAGGACAGACAUCAUCGACCGAGGAAAAGCCCGAUCCUAUCGGAUUGCCUUUCCGUCGGGUGCUUGGUCCUGCUACUAGCGUUCUUAAGACAGAUCUGGCCUGGUGGGCUGGCGAUGGAGUCGAAGAGGCUUUAGAUCAGUUCGAGUGGAAGGAUGUCGACAGUCUGAGUUUAGGUUAUUGCCACCAAAGUAAUCAGAACCCUAAAAUUGGCGGAGCUGAGCCGUCAUGCUGGGCAAAGAUUACUAACGUCUCAAUGGAGCAAUUCAUAGCCCAACAUAUUUUCUCGGCUUUCAUGUGGGCAAUCGCUAAUCACAUACCCAUUUCCCAGAUAACGCCGUUAACCACAGUCGACCAUCAAAGCCAGAUGAAAUUUAAACCGGAAGUUCCGGAGUGGACUUCGCUGAAACUUUCUAAUCAGAAGAUAAGUGAGAUGGCGAAAGCCGUUGAAGCGGCUGCAUUGAGUACCUUAGAGGAUGCUUAUCUGCUCAUAAUACCUCCACUCAGCGUUGCAAAUAAACUUCCCAGUGAGGGUUUGGUGGAAAUGGUGCGCCAGAAAGCAACUGAAAAUCACAAAGAUUACCAACUGGACAAAGCCUACGAAUUAUACCUCCAGCUACUCAUUUUUUGCGAUAAAAGCUUGCUGUCAAAUCGUAAAUUUGUCUUGAAAGCCGUGGCAACAGCAGUUGACUUUUUAAUAACCACAGCCUCUGCGACGGCGAAAGACGAAGGAACAGCUGGGGAUGCUGAAGCUCAGCUGAAAAGCGCCAAAGUUGCCUUAAUCAAGCAACUCAGAUCGAAGAAUUUGGAGCCAGUCAGUAAGAGCCUUAAGGUGUUGUUCGAGAAGCAAAGGCGCCUCGAGCUCUAUAACUCCUUAUUACCCUCGCAAGCAGACGAAAAUGUCCCCAAAGGAGAUGCCAAGAAGUCUACAACGAAAGACGCACGGCUAAUGCAAUUAUCUCCUGAAAGACAAGUCUUGACAGAUUUCGGGCACACAGCUCUCUACAAGCAAAUUAUUGGCAGGAACGGAGAUAUCAACAAAGAUAACUUAAGAGAUCUAGAAGUUCCAGACAUUCUUGGCUGGACCCCUCUUCAUUAUGCCGUGAUUUACGCUCCAGGCAUGGUGUCAGAAAUACUCAAAAAUGCCCGUAGCUUGGCGAGUACACCAGAUCUUGCCGGCCGGAUCCCUUUGCACUAUGCGGUAAUGAAUCAGAGCAAGGACACAAAGGGCUUGGUGCGUAUGCUCUUGCACGCGCACGGAAAGGCAGACUCGGGGAGCGAUGGGAUUCUCCCAUUGCAUCUGGCCGCAAAAUACGGGAAUGAAGAAGCCGCUCGCUUGUUACUUGAGAGUCCGUUGCACAAGGAGAAGCUGAGUAGUGGUGACUAUUGGGGUAUGACUGCUCUACAUUUUGCUUCGAUCGAAGGCCGAAAGCCUAUUGUCAAGCUACUUCUGGAUUGCGAAGCAAGGAUCAGCGCACAAAACAGGUUUGAUCGGACUGCACUUCAUCUUGCAGUAGCAAAAAUCGACGUAGGUGUCGUUGCUGAACUUCUCAGAAAGGAUGAUGCAAAUAAAGCCACGAAAGCGAGGGAUAAGAACAAUAAAACAGCAUUGCAGAUAGCAGCCGAACUCAAGCGCAAUGCGGACGAGGAAUUCGCGCAAGCAUCAAGUGAUAAACAAAGUGUGGAGGAUAAGUUGAACAAGCCCGCGAAGACGCCAAUCCAGGCCGAGGAGCAAGAAAGCAGGCAAAAGCUUACUAGACAAUUGAACGAGUACAAAAACUACAUAUCAACGCAUACCUCAGAGCAAAAUGUUCUAAAGAAGAUAAUUAAAUCUUUACUGCAAAAGGAAGAUUUAAAGGUAAGCGGUGGUAAGAUGCUCUUGUGGGCAGCCAAAGAAAGGCUCAACACCACAUUCGAACUUCUGAUGGAUGAAGGCGUGGAGGUUGGUGAGAUAGACGUUUUAACAGGAGAAACCGUCUUACACUUUGCAGCAAAGGUCGGAUCUUCAGACAUGGUCGAGAAGCUCUUACCUAGAAGAGAUCCGAAUGACGCAAGGCCUCCUGCCACUGUUAACGAAUCUUCGAGCGUUGAAAUAGUCAAUCGACCUGAUGGCACAAACACAACUGCUUUGAUACUCGGUGCCAUUGGUGGAUACAGCAAAAUCGUGGAUUUGCUUCUCAAAGCCGGUGCCAAUCCAAAGGCUGUAGAUCAAAACGAACGGACAGCCCUUUCAUGGGCUGUAGAGAAGGGUCAGGUCACGAUCGUUAAACGACUUCUUGAUGAGCCUGAAAUGAAUCCGAAUAUUGUAGAUGGUAAGCCUCCGCGAUUACUCUUAGCUCGGGCAGCGGAGAAUGGCAAUCUUGCCAUGGCCAAACUACUUUGCGUCAAAGGAGCGAAUGUGGACUCAAAAAGCGAUUCUGCUCACACGCCCAUUUUCUGGGCUGUCAUCAAUGGACAUCAGGAAAUAGUCGCAUACUUUCUUCGGGCCACUGCAAAACCAGAUGUUAAUGAGAUCGACAAGUUUUCCAACUAUACUCUUCUUUCAGAGGCUGUAAAUGCAGGUCAUUUGAAAAUUGUGGAGCAACUCAUCGAUGCUGGUGCGGAUGUCCAGAAACAGAGUGGCUCAUCUCGAGAAACCGCGCUAUCCUAUGCGGCACGGUUGGGGAGGAAGGAAAUCGUCAGUUUACUGCUCGACAAGCAUGCUAAGAUGGAAAUAGUGGAUAGAGUUGGUUGGACACCGCUGAUGUUUGCGAUACAGAGCAAUCACCUAGAAAUCGUGAAGUUGCUUAUUUCAAAGGGUUCUUUUGACACCCUCAGCACCAAUGGCGAGACAAGUGCUUUAUCGCUUGCCAUUAAAGCAAAUUCCGAUGAAAUGGUCUCCGAUAUAUUGAAGGCCGGUGGACGUCACGCAGGGCCACAUUUGGAAAUUGCGAUAUUAUGGGCAGCAAAGAAAGGAAGCACAUCAAUUGUAGAACUUCUCUUAGAGCGAGGUGUAGCCGUGGAUGCAAAGCCUCACGGCUCUACAUCUUUAUUGAUGGCAGCGAAAAGAGGGCACCUUGAAACAGUAAGACUGUUGCUAGACCACAACGCCGAAGUCAAUUUUGCGAAUGAAAAGAGCGAGUCAUCGCUCUAUUGGGCAUCCUUCAAUGAUUUCAAACACAUAGUGGAGCUGCUACUCGAGAAACGCAAAGGACAGGAACCAGCAAAUCUCAGUCUUCCAACUACAUCUGGCUCUACUGCGUUGCUUGCUGCAGUCAUGAAAGGGAACGAAGAUGUAGCCAACGUUCUAGUAAAAGAGGGUGCGGAUGUUACUGUAAAGAACGAUGAGAACGAAACUCCACUGUAUUGGGCAUGUUGGCACGGGUUUACUGCUAUGGCCCAAACUUUCUUAGACAAAGAUGCUACGCCUAACAUAACAACUGCCUACAAAUUUACUCCUCUACUUGCGGCCAUUCGGUGUAUAGACAUCACGAUAGUGGACCUAUUGUUAGGCAAAGGCGCGAGCUUCGAAAGUCAAGAUAGUGAUGGAUACUCGGCGCUGAACUUUGCAAGCCACAUGGGAGAGGUAGAGAUUGUACGCCUACUGCUAAAUCGAAAAGCAAAUGUAAAGGUUAAGGAUCAGGACGGGGAUACGCCUUUGCAUCAGUGUGCAAUAUGUGGACACCUCGGCGUUGCUGAACUACUUAUCUUAGCGGGAGCAGACCCAGAAGCGAAGAACAAUGCUGGUAGAUCACCACUACAUUGUGCAGCCGAGAACGGACAUGUGAAAAUCGCGAAGCGUCUUCUUGAUCUCAAUUCGGUCAGCCCAGACGAGAAAGAUGGGAAAGAUAGGACUCCUUUAUCACUCGCUAGUGCCGGUGGAUAUGAUGAUUUAGUAUUCCUCCUUCUCACCCUUGGCGGGGCAGACUUGGAGUCUAAGGACGAGAGCGGUAGGACACCGAUAAUCUGGGCAGCGUUGGAAGGUGAAACGACCACUGUAAAGCUCCUUUCCAGGCUCAACGCCAACAUUGAAUCCCAGGAUGAAGAUCUCCGCACUUCCCUAUCUUGGGCAGCAUCAGAAGGGAAUAUUGCUGUAGUCGACGUCUUGCUCGAAAACACUGCUGAAAUAGAAUCGAGAGAUAAAAGCGGACGUACGCCAUUAUCUUGGGCUGCAGCUAAAAGCCAGGAAUAUGUCGUGAAAAGGCUUCUCGAUGCGAAAGCUAGUGUCUUGUCUACUGAUUAUGACGGCCGCAACCCACUUUCUUGGGCCACGUCGCUGGGUAGUGGAGGAGUUGUGAGAUUGCUGCUUCAGCAAGACCCCGUUACUCAGAUAGAAACUCAAGAUAGCAAGGGCCUCACAGCACUGCAUCGGGCUGUUGAAUGUGGGGCAAAUGAUCCGGUAGAAUUGAUUCUAAACGCAGAACCAAACCUCAAUAUCAAGGAUAAGAACCAAGAGACGCCGUUAGGACUCGGUGCACGCAAGGAUGACGAGAGUGUUGUCCUUCAACUUCUUGAAGCUGACGCCAACCCGAACGUCCAGGACCAUCUUGGCCGAACGCCUCUUUUCUCCGCCAUACAUUCAGAUCAUGACACGGCUGCGCUAAGGAUGCUAGAUAAUGAACUCGAUACGGAGAAACAUCCGACAUUCUCGCCAACUCCGCUUCAAGCAGCCGUGUUUCAAUAUUCAUAUGAGGUGGUGGACAAAUUGUUAACUCGCGGUGCUGAUGUCAGUGGUAUGGAUAUCCAGGGAAGAACUGCAAUACACAUUGCGGCUGUAGAGGGCCCCGUGAGUUAUCUUACACUUUUAGUCCAAAAGGGCCUUGACGUUACGAACCACGAUGAUCCUGUUCUUGAAAUAUAUGACAACUUUGAUGGACAAGGCCGGCAUGCACUUCACCAUGGUGCGUGUAGUCGCAACAUCGAAAUAGUUGAAUACCUGUUACAUAAAUACCCGAGAAAAAGUCAACAGGAUCAGCCUGAUAACGAUGGCUGGACUCCUUUACACUGGGCUGCGAAAGCUGGAGACAAAGAGGUCGUUCAGCUGUUUCUUGACGCUGGUGCAGACCCUAAUUUGAAAGAAAAGCUGAACAACUGGAGUCCGCUAGGAGUUGCACAGUAUCAUGAUCGACAUUCCGUGGUCGAAACGCUCAUUAAGUAUUUCGAGGCUCGGAAAGAAGAGAUGAGUAGUGGAGUUGUACUUCCAGGCAGGGCUGAUUUUUCAAAAUUUUGUGAUGGAUGCCGCAUCGGCCCUAUCUAUGGUCCUGUCUUUUCUUGCACAUUCUGCGAUGAUUUCGACUUCUGUUACAAGUGCAAAACGUCUUCAGAACUGACUCACCCAGAUCAUAUAUUUCGAACGGAGGAUGAUGGUUCUGAUAAAGAAUGA